AUGCAAAGGAAAAGGAACAAAGAUAAGGACCCCAUGGAGAGCAAAGGCGAUGAGCAGGAUGAGUCCGGUUCCGAACUCGACACGGAAAGAGACAAAAAUGAAGGGUCCAUUCAUAUAAUGACAAACUCAGCCAAGAUGGACGAUCAAGACUUUAAUAAUUUUAUAAAUGAGGAAUAUGCUGAUGGGUCAGACGAAUCUUCUUUUAAUUUUUCCCUUACCAAGCCCAUUAAUUUGGAGUCUGCGAAUGAGGGGAAAAAGUAUGCAGUGCUGAAGGGCAUGUAUGGUGACGGAGCGGAGGAUAAGGUGCGCAGUGUGAAGAAGACUUUGCUCGCACAGGAUGGCGCCAAGCAGGAUAAGGAGAUAACGAAAGGGGCCACACUGGUUCGCCAAACAGAUAUAGCGGAAGAGGGUAAGGGGGAAAAAGGGAAGGUAGUCUUGAAGGGAGGCGGGAAAGAACACCAAGGAGUUGUCCUAGUUCAGAAGCCAAACGACGCACACGAAGAGGGGGUAAAUGUAAACGACGCAAAUGAGGGUGGUAGCGAUGUGGGGGAUAACCUGGCCUGUGUGCCGAGGAGUGAAACGGGGAGUGAAGUCACCCAGAGAAGAGACCCCCUCGCUGGACGCACUAACCCCUUAAGUAGCGUCCUGCCUGAACCCUGUACCGCUCAGAUGGAAUACCCAAACGAGUACCUGAACAAUAGUAGCAUGGCGUCUAGUGUGGCAGGUCGAGAUAAUGAACUCUGCUCUAUCAAAUACCUAGUGGUGUGCAACUUUAAAAGUUAUGAAGGAGAAAAUAUUAUUGGGCCCUUUUCCAAAUUUACCGCUAUAAUAGGUCCAAACGGGUCAGGUAAAUCAAACAUAAUGGACUGCAUAUGUUUUGUGCUGGGUAUUCAUAAUAAGUGUCUUAGGGUAAAGAAUAUGAAGCAAUUAAUUCAUUAUAAGGAAAAUGAAAGAGUAGAGUUGUUGAAGAGGAAGAAGUGUUAUGUGAAACUUGUUCUCGAAAGCAAUAAAGAAAAUUUUGAAGUAAAAAGAACCUUAAAUUUUAAAGGGGUCAGCAACUACUACAUAAAUGAAAAACUGGUGGAGCAUAAGGAGUACAUUGCUUUUCUUAAGAAACAUCGAAUUGAAACAAAAACGAAAACGUGUCUCAUUUUUCAAGGAGAUAUUGAAGAUGUAAUAAAUAAAAAGCCAACUGAAUUAGCUAAACUGUUUGAAUAUAUUAGUGGGUCAGAUGAGUAUGAACAGGUAUAUGAAGACAUGAAGGAAAAAUUAAAAGAGAAACAAAUGACCUGCAAGAGUUACUUAAAUGAAAAGAAAAAAAUCGAACAAGAAAUUAAAAUUCACAAAAUGCAAAUUAGUGAUAAUAUUGAACAGAACCAAUUGAAAGAGGAACACGAGCAAGACGUGAAGACAUUCUACCUCUUCCAGCUGUACCACCUUCAUAAGAAAAAGGAAAAGCUAAAGGAAGAUCUGCUCACAUAUAAAGAGGAAAAAAUCGAAUUCGAACAAGAGGUGCUCUCGAAAGAUAAAGAUGUGGCUAGCCAUUUGGAAAAAAAAAAACUUUUGAAAAAAAAAAGUCUUAUAAAAAUUGAAGACGAUAUUAGGAACUACCGUGUCGAAAUGAACCGAUUAAAAAUUGCUUUGAACGAAAUAAAUGAGAAGAAAAAAUUUAAUGAAGACUCCCUGACCAAGGUGCUGGCCAACCAGAAGCUACAAAUGAACAUACAAACCCACUGCACCACAUUUUCAGACAAUCUGCAUGAACAGGUCAAGGAACAGAGUAAGAAAUUACGAACAGAAAUUUCAAACAAACUAGGGGUCAUCCUAACCUUCAUGGAAAAGCAUGACCGAGUUAAGAAGUACAUUCAGGAGAGACACAAAGGCAUAUUUGAUAAUCUGGUAAAGGCUGAGCAGAGACUGCGCUUAGGUAGCGGUGCACAUCAGGACGGGAAGACGAGUGCUGACCUACUUGAGGAGGAGGAGGAGAAAGCGUUAUUUCAAAAGUGCAACCUGUUCCAUCUUGUGGAAAAUUUAAAUGAGUAUAAAAAGUGCAAGGAGAAGUAUUUAUACCUCUGCGCUAACAGCAACAUCAACAUUAACAAUUAUAACUCCUUGGCAAACGCGCUAAAGAAGGAUAUAAAGGAGUUACAAGAAGAGUGUGAUAAUUUGUGCAGGAAGAAACAGAAGGAGGUACUCGAUUACGAAGCGGAGAAGCUCACCAUGGAUGAGGUAUCAGGAAGAGUGAACACACUGAAUAUGCUCAUCGAAGGGGACAGGAACAAACUUGAAAAUUUGAAGGUACACUUGAGAGACCUUCAUCAAGCCAUCUCACAAAAGGAAAAAAGAAUAGAACAACUGGACAAUGAAGUUAAUAUAUUAAAUAUACACAAAAAUGAAUUAAUACAAUUUGAAAAAAAAAGAGAAAUCAUUUCGAACUUGAAAAAUGUGUUUGGGGAAGACCAGGUAUAUGACGAGGUCAGUUCGCUGUACGAGGUCAGCAACAAAGUUUACUUCACGGCUGUUAAUAAUGCAAUUCAUAAGUAUAAUAAUUUCCUCGUGGUAAAAAAUGUACACGUGGCUGCGCAGUGUAUCAAGUACCUCAAGGACAAUAAGCUACACAGGAUGGACUUUAUCCCUCUGGAAAAUUUCGUAAAAAAUUUCGUGAAAAAUGUAAAGCGCAGGGGAGGUGAUAUGCACACACAUGUACAGAAUGACGACGUUACCACAGCAGGAGUGGCGGCGUGGGAACGGGGGGAGGAUAAUACGUGGCAAGAGGAAGACCACCACAUGAUGGAAAAGGUAAUAAAUACAUUCAAAAAGAAGAAUAUCGUAUUGGCGAACAAUUGUCUCGUAUGCGAUGAGCAGUUUAAAGUCCUGUUCGACUAUCUCAUUGGCAGGAACACCCUGAUCGUUGAACGAAUAAAAGACGCAGAGGAGGUGAAAAGCAAAUUUCCACAUCUGAAUGCUAAUAUGGUAACACUGAAUGGUCAUAUCAUUUCUAAGCAUAACAAUUUAAUCGUGGAUAUAUCUUCUACCCAUGGAGACAGAGAAAGGUAUAGUAACAGGAGAUUGAACCUUAGCAUGUAUAACAGAAUCGUGAGUGAGAAGGAAGAAUGCAGGAGUGUUAUUAGUGAUUGUAAUAAGAAGGUGAUUGAAACUAAUGAACAAAUUAAUAAAACGAAUUAUGAACUCGAGUUGAAUAAAAAAAAAGCUGCUAGUUUGUUAAUUAAAAAAGGCAUUUUCGAGAAAGAAGUAGAGGGAAAAGAAGCCACGAUACAAAAUUAUGAAGAAAGAAUUAUAAAAAUAAAAAAUGUGCAAAUGAAAAAAAAAGUGAGUACUCUUGAAAGUUAUGAAGCAGAGUUGAUGAAGGAGAGAAAGGGACUGGCGUCUUACCAAAGAGACUCUUUUAAAAUACUCAAUGAAAGAUUUCAAAUGGAAAAUAUUUACGAAGCAAUUGAAAAAGGUUCAAAAGAAAUGGAACGAAUAGAUUAUAAUAUUGACCGUAUAAAAAAUAAUAUAAAAAAGUUAAAUGACGAUAUGAAUGAAUUGUCCGAUAAACGAUAUGAAAUUGAACUGAUGCAGAAAAAGGAGAAAGCUGCUAAUCAGGAAGAGAAUAUUAAAUUAGAAUUGUACAAACUGAAUGAGGAAGAGAAGGGGCAUGUGGAUAAAAUGAAAGAAACGGAAAAGGGUAUCCACGAGAGAGAGAUCGAACGAGCCACGCAUCUUAAGAACCUUGCUCAGAUUAACCAGGAACUCAAUGACCUGCGAGAUAGGAUUAGCGGCAAUUUUGAAAAGUACGAGACGAUGCAGAGUAAGGUAGACAAUUGUAGGAAGAAGAUUCUCAUUUACGUUACCCUCGUGAAGGAUCUCGUAAGCGAGUGCGACAUGAAUGGCGUCAAUGUGUUCGCGGCGAGUUAUGCAAUUGCCGACCAGCAGCAUGAUCAGCGGCCAACGGGGCACAAGGCAGGCCGGUCCAAGGGUAAACGACGCAUGAGCAAGCUUCUCCAAGGCAGCGACGAUGAAGAGGAGGAAGACGACUCCGACCGGGGAAGCGCCGCGAGUUCCAGCAGCACGCGUGGAAGCGGUGGAGAAGACCAAGACGAAGACGACAAGGAGGUCGAUCUUACCUUAAGCAACAUUUCCUUCGAUGCACUCCCAGAUGAGUUGAAGCAAAUGGAAAACGAGCAGGAAAUUAACACACAGCAGGAAAAGCUGGAAAAGCAAAUUGAAAAAAAAAAAAAACUCCUAAAAAUGAAAAACGUAAAUACAAGUGCAGAAAAGGAGUAUGAACAGUUACUCAGCAAGUUGAAGAAUGUGGACGCUGCUCUCUCCAAUGAAAGAAAGGAAUGUAAUCUGUUCGAAAGAAAUUUCAGGAUUUUACAAAAAAAAAGGUCAUACAAAUUUCUACACUGUUUUAAUUAUAUAAAAAAUGUAAUAGAUAAUGUGUAUAAUAAUUUAACUUAUAAUGUGAAGCACCAUGUCGGUGGCCAAGCUUUUUUAGACCUCGUCAAUUUGAAUGAGUUCAAUAAAGACGAUGAACCAUUUUACUGUGGCAUUCGCUAUAACAAUAUGCCACCCAUGAAACGCUUCUUUGAGGUAUCGGAGUUAAGUGGAGGAGAAAAAAGCAUGAGUGCAUUGGCACUAAUUUUUUCCAUUCAAAAAUAUAUAAGUAACUCGUUUAUUAUAUUGGACGAGGUAGAUGCGAAUAUGGAUCCCAUUAAAAUGAGUGCACUCGCCAGGUACCUUAACUCUAUUAACAGCCAAGUCAUUGUCAUCUCGCUCAAGGAAAAGUUCUUCAGCAAGAGCCAGACCCUCAUCGGCGUGUACAAGAACAAGCAUAAGAAGUGUUCCCGCACGGUCACCCUCGACAUUUGCCGCUACCGCCAGGAGGUGUAG